CGGGAUCGCCGGACGCUAGGGCCCGAGAGCGCGAGAACGCGGCGGGGCGGAGUCGCGCGUGUGGAACAGCCACCGGGUAGCAGCUCGGCAACUCUCCCAGAGUCGUUAGAGUCCCCGCCGGAGUCUGGCGUAGACUGAUUUUGGAAAAUGCCAAGUCGGAAAUUUGCCGAUGGCGAGGUGGUGCGGGGGCGCUGGCCAGGGAGUUCGCUCUACUACGAGGUGGAGAUCCUGAGCCACGACAGCGGCUCGCAGCUGUACACCGUGAAGUACAAGGACGGGACGGAACUCGAGCUCAAGGAGAGCGACAUCAAGCCUUUAGCUUCCUUCAGGCAAAGGAAAAGUGGCUCAACUUCCAGUUCUCCCUCCAGACGCCGAGGGAAUCCGUCGAGGUCACGGUCACGGUCCCGAUCCCCCGGCCGCCGAUCCCCCGGCCGCCGAUCCCCUGCCCGCCGUUCCCCUGGCCGAUCCCCCGGCCGACCACCUAAAAGCUCCCACCAGCCUGCGUCUGCCGCGCACCGUGCCGACAUUACGGAAAUAAGGAAGGAAGUGCUGGAAGUGAAGUUGACCCCGCUGGUGUUGAAACCAUUUGGAAACAGCAUCAGCAGGUACAACGGGGAACCUGAACACACAGAGAGGAAUGACAUACCUCACAAAACCCCGCAGGAGAAAUUCCAUUUGUCACAAGACAGUAGUUAUGUAUCUACACAGUAUAGCCUUCGUCCAAGAGGGGAAGAGAACAAGGUAAAAGAAAUAGAAUUUCAGGAAGAAGAAGUUGUUACAAAAAGACCUGCAUCAUUGAGAACCUUUGAAGUGCCAGCCGCACAGACGAAGGACUUGGAGUUCGGAGGGGUACCCGGUGUGUUUCUUAUCAUGCUGGGCCUGCCCGCCUUCCUCUUCCUGUUGCUGUUGCAGUGCAAACAGAAGGAGCCCAGUCUUCUGAAUUUCCCGCCUCCUUUGCCAGCUCUGAAUGGUUUAUGGGAAACCAGAGUGUUCGGGGUCUACCUCCUCUGGUUUUUUGUUCAGGCUCUGUUCUACUUACUGCCAAUCGGGAGGGUUGUGGAAGGAACACCUCUCGCUGACGGAAGAAGACUGAAGUAUAGAUUAAAUGGGUUCUAUGCUUUUCUCCUGACGUCCGCGGCGGUCGGGGCCGCGCUGUGGUGGGGCGCGGACCUGCACUACGUGUACCGGCACUUCCUCCAGUUCGCGCUGGCGGCGCUCGUGUUCUCCGUGGCCCUGAGUGUGUACCUGUACGUGCGGGCCCGGCGCGCGCCCUGGAGCCAGCUGUCGCCGGCCAGCUCAGGAAAUGUCAUCUAUGAUUUCUUCAUUGGCCGUGAAUUGAAUCCUCGGAUUGGUACCUUUGAUCUCAAAUACUUCUGUGAAUUGCGUCCUGGACUGAUUGGAUGGGUGGUGGUUAACUUGGCGAUGCUCCUGGCUGAGAUGAAGUUCCAGAAUCGUGCUACUCCGUCCUUGGCAAUGAUUUUGGUGAACAGUUUCCAGCUCUUGUACGUGGUGGACGCACUCUGGAACGAGGAAGCGGUGUUGACGACCAUGGACAUCACCCACGACGGGUUCGGGUUCAUGCUGGCUUUUGGGGACUUGGUGUGGGUCCCGUUCAUCUACAGCCUCCAGGCCUUUUAUCUGGUCCGCCAUCCGCACGAGGUGUCUUGGCCGGUGGCCUCUUUAAUUAUUGCUCUGAAACUUUGUGGCUAUGUAGUCUUCCGAUGUGCAAAUGCUCAGAAAAAUGCAUUCCGGAAAAACCCCACUGAUCCACGGCUCGCGCAUUUAAAAACUAUUCACACUUCCACGGGAAAAAACCUCCUGGUGUCUGGCUGGUGGGGCCUGGUCCGCCACCCCAAUUACCUGGGUGACCUCAUCAUGGCUCUGGCGUGGUCCCUCCCGUGUGGCUUUAACCACAUUCUGCCGUAUUUCUACGUGAUUUACUUCGCCGUGCUGCUUGUGCACCGCGAAGCUCGCGACGAGCGCCAGUGCAGGAAGAAAUACGGCGUGGCCUGGGACCACUACUGCCAGCGCGUGCCCUACCGCAUCCUCCCCUACGUCUACUGACCCUCCGCCGGCUGCGCUCCCCCGGGUGCGCCCGGGAGAAAAAGCCCCAGCAAACUUUCCUUCGCUGCACUGAGAGUGCCUCGAGGUUUCAUGUGCGUGAGAGUCAGGACUGUGGAGCCCGGAGUGUCUUCCUAUCGCCGUGUUUAUUUUAAUUAAGUCAUCAUAAUUAACAUCAGGAAAAAUCCUAGAGGUGUUUGACUUUGCAUUCUAACAGGAAAUUUUCAGUCCUGAAAAGUCUGAUCAAGGCCCUGAGAAAAAUACUUCGGAUCUUUUUAUCAGUUGGUUCUUCUUAAGUGAAAACACUGUUACAGUUCAAGUGCAUUAUGUUUUCUGGCAGUAGGAGAAUUUUCAUGUUUCCUUGAAAUUGACGCAUUAACUAGUCAUGUGACUGGCGUCAAAUGCUAGGUCAGAAACGGGGUGAGAGUGCAUUAGCGGCACUGUUCUGGCAAGACCAUUGGCAGUAGUUGGCUGAACCUGAACUUCUGAACUGUGUUUGAAAGUGUAAAUGUAUAUAGCUUUUAUGUAAUAUAUGGUGACUUCAGUGUUUUUUGUACAGUUCUUUGAAUGUGAAAUAAUUGCCAGGGCUGAACAUCUAACAAAAACAUUUGCAGUAUUUUAAAUUAAAUUUUGUAAAGUACUACAUGUGAAUUAGAAUUUUUGAAACAAUUAGAAUUCAUUUACUAUUAUAUAAAAGAUGCUAUUAAGAUAUAGGAAGGAUAUUUUUCUUAAUCCAAAGUUUGCAAAUUUGGCUUUUUUCUACCUCAAUUGCAGGUGUGUGUUUGCCUUUAUAAACUGUUGCAGAUAGAAAAAAAGAUAUAUAUUUUUGCAGUAACAUCCCUAUUUAAACAUUUUUACCAGGUUGGUGGUUGAAAAUUUGCCAUUUCAGGCUAAUAUUUUUAUAUAUUUUUGACUUUUUUAAUUAAGCUGUUUUUGCUACUGUCGCGCUCAUGCAGUUUAUACUGUGUUUCUAGUUACAAAAUUCUGUGAAGGAGUGUGUUUAUCCAAAAUCAGUUUAAAGGAAUAGUUUAAAAUCCUCUCUCUAAAUCCUGUUUAGUUUAAUAGAUAUGCAUAAGGUAGUGUUAGCUGUUAAGUUGUAGUUAAGUUGAUAAGAGUCUCAUCAUUCAUUACUCUAUAAUGGAAAGCAAGUCCAGCAGCCUUUGGUGAUCAAAUUUCAGCGGUCAGUACCUUACGCGUCUGGGGAUCUAAUCAACUGUGCAUUUAAUUACGCCUGUUCUGCACGAGCCAUCUGCGCCCGCGGCGCCCUCCGCCCUGCAAUCUGCAGUGUGCGACGCAGCCCCUGCCCUGCGGCGCCUGCGCCCUGUAGUCUGUGACACUGUCUGGUGAGCCUGUGGCCUGGGCCCGCCCCAGGAGCUGUGGGGAGGAAGAUGGACACUGCACUCUCCCCCCAGUGGUGAGAAAGGGGGCUGUGAGCAGCUACAAUUUGUGUUUUAUCUUUGACAGGUUUUAUACUGAAGUUUUAAGUUGGAAAUGCUGGGAAUAAAGAGUUGUCCUCUGA